AUGACUUUUCUACUCCCGUUCGGCGAGAUGACUAUGACUCCAGAUGAUGCAAAGCAGAUUAUCGGUCUGGCUUUGGAAGGAAAAGUUGUGUUCGAGGGUUUCAACAAUUUUAUUCCUUUUGAAGAGCUUUUUUUCUUGGCGAAAUACUUUCUUGGGUGGGAAAAACUUGAAGCGGAAGAAGAGUUUGAGAUAGGUGGCGGAGCCAUGCCUAAGGAUAAAAGGUCAUUCAGUGUACCAGGUGAACGUCUUGAAACAAUUAAUAUGACAAGGAAGAUUAACAUGGUUCGUCUGAGGGAGAAGUUUGAGGAUUCUGGCUCCAAGACUGUUAGUGGAAAGGUGGUGAUGGACAGAGCAAGAUCUAGACAUACAUCUAUAUCUUACUUGUUGCACUCUCUUGGCACCGUCUUUUUUCCCGAUUUCUCAGGAAAUAAAGUAAAUGCUUGUUAUUUGCAGUGGUUGAAAACUCUCAGUCUCGAUCCGGAAACAAACGAGGUACCUAGGUACUCGUGGGGAACCGCCCUCCUUGCUAGUGUGAUGGAAAAUCUUUGCAAAGCUUCUAGGUGGAAUAUAACACAAAUUAUAGGAUGUGUUGCUCGUAUCCAGAACUGGGCUCUAGAGAAACCUACAGGAGGAAGAUACCCCUUUCGAGGGACCCAACACAAGGCUAAAGAGAUGGAAAUGGUCGACAUGAGGAAAAAGUUGGAUGCUUUGACAAUUGAUGAUGUUGUUUUUGAUCCGUAUUUGAAACUUGAUGAGGAUGGAGAAGAUGAAGUUGGUGAUAGAGUAUUUUCUGAUGUGGCGACCUAUGUAGGACCUUUGUUUCAUUCAACUGGGUUCAUCAUUUUAGAUCCUCGUAGAACGCUCCGUCAAAUCGGUAAUGUUCAGAGAAUACUACCUGAAGACUCUCGUUUUAAAUUAAGCGUAGACAACUCCCAAUUUAAGGACAAAAAUGUCAGAUUGACCUAUGAACCAGCACCGUCGAUCGAUCAUUGGAAUGCUCGCUCUGAAGGAGUAAACCAAAUAAGUAGAAGAGCGCUUGAAACUUCUCAUGGCACUUCUGUUGCGGAUGAGAAUUACAUGGAAUGGUAUCAGGAUUUGUCUCAUCCUUAUGUGGAAAAUUUGGAUCCGGAAGCGAGGAAACACUUCAAGAAGGGAGAGAGUCUGAAAUCAAGGACAUCAAGGAAUGAAGAAAGUGAUUAG